GCAAAUAAGGAGCUAACUUUUUAAAAAAAAAUAAUACAUAAAAAUAUGUUUUAAAUAAUUUUAUAUAUCAUUUAAGUAGUAAACAAUAAAUAAAAAAUAGAAGUAAUUAAAAAAAUACAGAUGGCAAAAUUUGCCGCAUUGUUUUCCUUGGCCGUGGUAUUACUAGCGAAAGUACCGCAAGUAAAAGGAGAAUGUCAAAUACGAGCAGACCUGUUGAUGUUGGUUGAUGGCUCUGGUUCAGUGACAGGAUCUGGUCGUCGCGCGACAGGUGAUCCAAAUUACUAUAAAAAUUAUGUCUUCAAAGCUUUGAAAGACAUCAUUAAUCAAUUCAAUGUCGCCGAAGAUCAAACGCAUAUUGGUACGCUGUUUUAUGGCGACAAAGACAUGAGUCAAAUAAAAGCUGACGGAUGGUAUUUUGGUCUCGACAAGUACUAUGAAAAAGAAUCAAUGAAUAAAUUCUUUGAUGACAAGCCACAAGGGCCAACAUUCAGAGCAACGUACACUGGUGCUGGUUUGAUUGAAGCAAGAUCCAUGCUAGAUGCCAGCAAACGAAAAGCUGAUUCUACAGUCGGAACUGCUGUUUUGCUUCUGACUGAUGGUUACGCUACCGAUACCUUGAAUGCUGACAAAGAGUUCAGAAAAGCCAAAUCAGACAAAAUUGCUGUAGUGACAGUUGGUAUUGGAUCACAAAUUGACGAAAUAUCACUUAAGAAAUGGGCAACCAGUGAUGAGUACUAUCUCAAAACUGGGUUUGAUAAUAUCGCAAGUAUUGUACCAAAACUGAAAGCCAUUUUAUGUAAAGCUAUUGCUGAAGUUGCACCAGCUUCAGUCAAUCCUCCUGCUCCAAAACCUGAUGAGAACAAUUACUGCACACAGCAAUUUACUGGUGCAAAAUUUUGUUGGUUGUUUGAUCGUGUUGUUGAAAGUAACAAAGUGCAAGAUUUGAUCACGCUGCGAUAUGCAACUUUACAUUACAAUGCUCAAAUUGCUCAAGCUUCAUCGCAUGGAUAUUAUUUAACUUUGUCACAUGCUGACAUUAGCACACAUGGUGCAGGAAAAUAUCCUUACGUUGAUAUGGGAAGUUUUGCAGGACAAUGUGUGUCGGACCCUGAUAAGUGUCCUGCUGGUAUCACUGUUAUGUUUUGGCUGAAAAUGACAUCAGCGAUGAUAUCUGAAAUGUUGGCUCUUGAAAUGACACAUCAAUACAUUUUAUCCAGCGGUGGACAAAAAAGUGACUCGAGAGGUUUCGCCUUCUUGUACCAAAAAGAUGGCAGUUAUGAAGGGUUCAAACUACAAUUGCAAGCAAUGAACAUGGAUUAUGUAAUUGAAAUGAAAAGUAUUCCAACGAAUUGGUUUUUCGUAACUUUUACAUGGCAUGCAGAGGCUGAUGAAGGUGAUGGUGGUGGGGCACGCUAUGGAUUAUAUUACUAUCAAAAUGGUGUACAAGUUGGAAGCGCUGGAACACCUGUUAAAGGAAAUUAUCCAACGGAUGCUCAAACUACGUUAACUAUUGGAAAACCUAAUUUUGGAGAUAAAUAUUUUGGUCGAUUUUUAAUGGAUACCUUUGUUAUCUACUAUCAAGUUGUUUCACAAUCUCAGAUCUUGUCGAGUUACGGAGGAGGAAUUGGAAGUCCAGGUGGAUCCUCCUCUUCAAGUUCUUCUAGUGGCAGCAGCAGCAGCAGCUCUAGCAGCUCUUCUUCGUCGUCCUCGUCGUCUUCGUCGUCCUCUUCGUCUUCUUCUUCGUCUUCAUCCUCAGGCUCGUCCUCGUCAAGUGGUGGAAGCUCAAGUAGUGGAAGCUCAAGUGGUUAUACUAUCACCAUUAAAGUGUACGAAUAUGCUCGUUGGUUCUGGGCAUUUAAAUCAGUUACGACUACUGGAACUGGGCAAACGAUCUCACCUCUUCAACAGCAAGAUGCCAAUCACAAUGCUGUUUUAGGAGGCGGUGCUAAAUUAUACAGCAGUACUUUAAGAGGACAAGUUCUUUGGUUUGAAUCAUUUGGUGCUUUUGCAGUACUUGGAGAUUAUGCUGACACUUGCGUGAGCGAUCCUGAUAGAUGUUCAACAAGCGAUGAAGGUGGCGAAGUUGGAAGUAAUGGCUUCACCCAGGGAUUAACUGUUGCUUUUUGGAUGAAAAUUACAUCAGCUGAUUUGAGCAUUGCAGACGGUGAUAAAGACCAACAGCACCAAUAUAUAAUUUCCAGUGGUGGGCAGGUCAGCAAUUCAAGAGGUUUUUCAUUUUUGUACGCAGCAGAAGAACAGAAAUUCAAGUUGCAGUUACAAACGAAAAAAUAUGUAUACAUGAUUGAAUUUGACAACAUGCCAGAAACAUGGGCACACAUUGCAUUCACAUGGAAAGCAGAAGGCCAACUGGUUUUGUACAUUAAUGGUCAAUUGAAAGAUACAAAGGAUAAACAAGAAAAGACAUUUGAGUCUGAUACACAUACUAAACUUACAUUGGGAAAACCAAAUCAUAUUGAUAAACAUUUCGGUCGUUUCAAGAUGGACAUGCUCGCUAUAUUUUAUUACCAAUUGACUUUAUCACAAAUUGAGCAAAUGUCUGGUCAGAAAAUUGAAGGAGGUAGUGAAGGAGGUAGCACUUCCGGCAGUAGCAGCAGCGGUGGGAGCAGCAGCAGCAGUGGUUCCUCGAGCGGAAGUAGCAGCAGUUCAAGCAGUGGUGGUAGCGGUAGCAGCUCUAGCAGCGGUGGCAGCAGUAGCAGCAGUGGAGGCAAUAAUGUCACACCUACAGGGGGUGCCCCAGUUACACCAACAGCUGCAGCCACUACGAAACCAGCCGUUGGAACAACCAUCAGACCGGCCACGCAACCACCUACAAAGGUUACCCCAACAGACAAACCGAACGGUGUUUGUAAUGCCAAGGUUGAUAUUGUAUUGGUUGUUGAUAACUCUGGUUCAAUCGAAGCAAGAGGGAGAGAAGGCUACUUCGAGCAAAUCAAAAUGUUCAUUAAAAACAUGAUGAAAUUAUUCAAAGUUGGUACUUCAGCCAAUGUUGCGAUUAUCGAGGCAUCUUCAGAUGCUCGUGUGAUUGCCAAAUUUGGCGAUGUAAAAGAUAAAAUGUCGUUUGAUCAAUAUAUCAACAAUUUGAAUUAUAAACGAGAGCGUUCUUUCAUUGGAAAAGCUCUCGAGUUAGCUAGAACUGACGUCUUUGCUAAAAUUCAAUGCAAACAAGGUGCUAAGCUAAUGCUUGUCAUUACUGAUGGUUAUGCUUCUGAUGACGUCACACUACCUGGAAUUGAAUUACGUGACAUGGGUGUGGUUAUGUUAGGUAUUGGAUAUGGACCCGAAAGUCAGCUGAUGAGGUACACCCUGGAAAGCCUGUCAUCAGAUCCAAAGGAUCAAUUCACAUUCAUUUUCUGUUAUGAUAGAUUGGUUGAAUCAACACAACAAAUUGUUAAGCGAGCUUGUGAAGCUGCCAUGGAAGCUUCGACCGUCGAUACUACAGAUAAUGUUGAUAAUAAUCCUAUCAAAGGAGCGGUAGGAACAGAAUUCAUCACGUAUUUCAUGAACGAAGCGAACAGGUACCGAAGAGAGCACAGUGCCAUCCCAUUGACAUGGUCUACAGAGCUUAGUUUGAAAGCUCAGCAAUGGGCUGAAUACCUGGCUGGUGAAGAUAAAUUACUAACGAAACCCAAAGUUCAUUACGGACAGACGUUGUAUAUUUCUCCUAAGCCUGGACCAAUCGCUGCGCAGAUUGCUGUUCGUGCUUGGUACAAUCAAAUUAUAUAUUUCGAUUUCCAAAAACCAAGAAUCUCAGAACUGAACAGUUAUUUUGUUCAACUCGUAUGGCGAUCAACCACUGAUGUUGGUGUAGGAAAAUAUCAAUCAGCUUCCGGCAAAACAUACGUUGUGGCUUUCUACAAUCCUGUUGGAAAUAGUGAUGAUGGACUGACUUUCAACGUGUUGGCAAUGACAAGUUCUGCCGUAACAGGAGUUAAAUCUGGUUACUGCCCAACUGGCUAUCAAGCUAGCAGUGAAUAUUGCUAUAAACUGUACUCUGAGCCCGUUACUUGGGAAGAAGCUGUUGCAACGUGCAGUGCGCAGAAGGGAGCAUUAACAUCCAUCACCCGCGAUGAAGAGCAUUAUUUUAUUUUCAGUGUUCUCCAUACUCAUUCUGUAAAGACGACAUGGUUAGGCCUUAACGACAGAAUGCAAGAAGGAUCAUUUUCUUGGGUCGAUGGCGCCCCAUUGUCGUUCAAUGGUUGGACCAACCCACCAGAAGUAGAUGGUCAAAAGAAUUGCGUACAAUUGACAACUGAUGUUGGAUGGGAGAAUGUCGCAUGUGACGCGCAAAAUCCAUUCAUAUGUAAAACAAUCAGACCAGGUGACUUGAUUUUUAUGGUGACUAUUCAUUACCCAACACAACCAUGGUCACAAGACUUAGUGUAUGGAACAACACCGGCUGCUGUUGAACUGAUACAACGUGUUGAAAAAUUGAUCAUGAGCAUUUAUGGUACAAAGGAUUGGUUCUUGAGCUACACAAUUAAAGCCUUCAGAGGUCAUGUCAGUGUGUUCAUUGAUAUGGAGCUUCGCUUCUCUCCAACUGCACCAAUCGAUCCCAUCGCACCUCUGAAGAACGUCACAUACACAGAAGAUUGUGAUGAUUUCAUCUGUGAUUUGACUGACGUGCAAAUUGUACCAGCUGUCAACAUCACAUAUAAUGGAACUUGCUCGCCAAGUUGCUACACAAGUUGUACACCAAACUGUGCUCCUGCAUGCUGCUCACCUCAGACACUUCCUACAUACUAUACGUAUGAAGUAGUACAAGUGCCUGGAGAUACAUCAUCUGUUCCUCCUCCGCCUCCACCUCCCCCGCCGCCGCCACCACCACCUCCACCACCGCCACCACCACUUCAACCACCACCGACCUUUUCAUACUGCGCACCCGACUGUCAAACAACAUGUACAAGUGCAUGCCCACCAGAAUGUUGCAGUCCAAUAUCAAGAAAAAGAAAAAGGAUGGAAAUCAUGAAGAAAAGAUGGUUUCCACAGAAAUCGUAGAAACAACAAUUAUAAAAAGAAGACAAAGCUUCUUUGGCCGCAAGAAUGAUAUUAUUGUUAAAACUUACAAACGCUAAGUUCGAUCAAAAAGCGAUCUUGUAAAAAGAAACAUGGAAAUUCCAUUUAUAAAUAUUUAUAAGUUCUAAUUAUAAUUUAUUUACUUAUUUAACUAAUAUUUUAGAAAACUCUAUUUUUCCUAUAUAGUAUAGAAAGCGUAAACUCGCUAUGCUAUGAAAUUUUAGUCAUCUUGAAGUACAAACAUUAUGUUAUAAACAUAUUCAAUAUAAAACACCCUUUAAAAGGCAAUCGUCAUUAGAAUUUGUUUUUGGAAACAAUCUCGAUAACUCUUCUACUAAGUCUCCUCUAGAAUACCGAAUAAGGGGAAGGGGAUUAAACUUGCGUAGGGGGUGAAAAAUGUAUUGCAAAUUAAAAAUUGGGAGGAGAUACAAAAUAGAAAACAUAGAAUGGUUGCUCUAUUCAAUCAAAUGACGUCACUACAAUGCAACAUGGUUCUUGAUUCUUUUCUUCAGUAUUAUUCGGUACUCUGGAGUACUUGUCGGUGUCUCACUGCGUAUAGUUUAUUACACAAUUCGGAAAAACUUGGUAUAGUUUACUAGCUUUAGUUACUAUUUAUUUUAACUUAUACUAACAAACAAGCCAUGGUGGUGCAAAACUUUGCUUUUAGGGAAAAAGUCCAAUUUCAUUGGGAAAAUUGUGGUCCACCUUUGAAUUCCAAAUUAAAUGUAGCAUUUGAAACACACGCGAUAAAUUUACCACAGACAGUACGAAGUUCUUUGUACUGGGCGCUGUGAACGGCAUUCAGAUGGAAUUGGACUUUUAGAGAAUUGUUACUACCAGGCUAAUUAAUAUUUAAUCAGGGCCGAACACAGGUGAAAUCAAACGUGAUAAUUUGACAUUUGUUUAUGUUCCACUCUUAACGUUGUAGUAUUUUGUAAUGAAAUAAACAUUUCAUCAAAUCAGAA